AUGAAACGCCAUUUUACAGACCAUAAGGGAGAAGAGUCACCAACAGAUGGAACCACCCUCAGCUUGGCCAGCCUGGAGUCCACGGAGGAGAGCGUGGAAGUGUGCUGGCCAGGGACCAUAAAGAGGGAGGACUCAGCUCUGCCGCCAGGGCCAGCCAUUCCCCAUCACGAAGACAUGUGUUUCGCCUCCAGGGCCGCGGGGAAGCUGAGCUGGAGCAGCUCGCCGUCAUCCCAGUCUUCCUCCGAGUACCAGUCCUACUCCCAGUACCAGUCUUGCUGCUCCUACCUGUACAGUGAUGAGGAAGCCACCCCACAGAGCGUCUGUGCUUUCUACACCCAUGUGCAGACGGUGCAGGGUGUGGCCGUGGCCUGGGAGACCGAGGCCGGCUUCCAGCCUGUUAGCAGGAAGCCCCGCAUUCACCAAGCUGAGUUCAUCGGGAGGCAGAGGAGGAAAGGCUCCUCCUUUGAGAUGGCUUCUAACACUGACCUGCGCUGGGAGCUGGAAGCCAGCAAGAACAACGGCUGCCAGGAGCAGGAGGACACCGAGCUGCUGGAGCCCCUGGAUAGCUGCCUGCAGGACCUGCGGGAAACCCCGGACUGGCUGGUCACCACCAACUACGGGCUGCGCUGUGUGGCCUGCUGCCGGGUCUUCCCCACUCUGGAGGCGCUGCUGGAACAUGCUCAGUAUGGCAUCCAAGAGGGCUUCAGCUGCCAGAUCUUUUACGAGGAAAUGCUGGAGAGAAGGCAGGCCCAGGACCAAGAACAGGAGGAGGAGGAAGAGCAGAGCCCUUCGGACAGCACUGACCGCCCAGGGCCCCAGGGCAGGGUGCUUCCAUCGCAGCAGCAGAAGCAGUGA